GGAUGGCUCAGUGUGGCCUCGGACUCUGAAAGGAAACACACAGAUUGCAGGAUUCUUUGCGGGAACUCACACCCAUGCACACGGUGCAAAGGAUGGAGAUCAGUGCAAAGAUGGACCUGAACCCUUUCCUGCUUCUCCUACUGGUGUCCUCCUUCAAUAAGCUGCAUGUGUUAGCAACUUCUCAACAUGAUCACCAGCUGGAGCAGCAUCACCCCAACAAUCAUGUGACGAGCAACAAAAUAGCCAGAGCUCAGUUUGAAUGUUUCCAGCAGAUCCUGAAAGAAAGCCAUCACAAAAGAACAGCAGGGCCUGUGUGCAACAAGACGUGGGACGGAUGGCUGUGCUGGGAUGAAACUGAAGCCGGCAUCACCACAGAGCAGAGCUGUCCUGACUAUUACAAAGAUUUUGAUCCUCACGCGAUGGCAUUCAAAGUGUGCACAGAGACAGGAGAGUGGGGGCGCCACCCGGAGAGCAACAGGACUUGGACAGACUUCAGGAACUGCUACGCCCACAGCCAACACGACCAGACAGCGGCGAUGAAUCACUUCUACUUGGUGAUGAUUGGUCAUGGACUCUCGCUGGUGGCACUGCUUAUAUCAUUGGCAAUAUUCAUCCAUUUCAAGAGUCUGAGCUGCCAGAGGAUCACGCUCCACAAAAACCUCUUCCUCUCAUUUGUUUUGAACUCCAUCAUCACCAUUGUGUGGCUGACGACGGUGGUGAUGAAAAACCAGGGAAACAUAUAUAAUGAUUCUGUGAGCUGUAAGCUGCUCAUGUUCAUCCACCUCUAUCUGCUGAGCUGUAACUACUUCUGGAUGCUUUGCGAGGGGAUUUAUCUACACACCCUCAUUGUUGUGGCAGUGUUUGCAGAGAAACAACAUCUCAUGUGGUAUUACUUACUGGGUUGGGGUUUUCCACUGGUGCCUGCACUGAUACACUCAGUUGCCCGUCGCUACUACUACAAUGACACUUGCUGGAUCAGCUCAGACACAUCUCUGCUGUACAUCAUCCAUGGUCCCAUCUGUGCUGCACUGGUGGUGAACCUUUUCUUUCUGUUGAAUAUUGUUCGCGUUCUCAUCACCAAGUUGCGCGUGACGCACCAGGCUGAGUCCAACCUCUACAUGCGGGCAGUGAGAGCCAUCCUCAUACUCAUUCCUCUGCUCGGCAUCCAGUUCGUCCUGGUCCCUUAUAAGCCCCAGGAUCACGUGGCCCUUGAGAUCUUUCUGUACAUCACAGAAAUCCUCAUGCACUACCAGGGUCUGUUGGUUGCUACAAUAUUCUGCUUCUUCAAUGGAGAGGUUCAGAGUGUCCUACGGAGACACUGGAAUCAACAGAGGAUGCAGUUUGCCGGCACUUUUGCCAACACCGACUUCUUCCGCUCUGCCUCCUACGUGGCAUCAUCGCUUACGGAGGUGAACCGCUGUUACAGCAUCGAAAGCCACAUGGAGCACAUGAACGGCAAGAGCUACUCAGACAUCUUCAGAUCAGACAGCCCGUUCGUGUGAGGGUGCUCCCAGAAUUUGGGCUUCUCUGCUUUUCCCAAGAUGAAGAUAGACGUGCAUUCCUGCACACAGGCAUGGAAAUUUUAAAGUACUGUCAUACCAUUUUUCUCCAACUUUCGUUUUCUGAGACAUUAACUGCUGGACAUAAGGAAGCGUUCAUGAUGCAACGUUUCCUACAGCGAGGGAGGAUUUAAGACAUUGUUGCAUCUUGUGGAAUAAACUUGACCAGAGAGUCGUCGAUCAGCACAAAGUCGAUGCAGUAGCGAUGCUGGUGGGUCGCUGCUGAACAGGCUGAGAUGUAGGUGCAACACGACUGGGCAG